UACGGGGGCUGCCGAAGGGGACACGCGCGUUUCUCCUCCGGGCCGGCGAAGAAAGGACUUGGUUCAACCCGGCAGAAGCCGCUGCAAUGAUUUCCCGCAGGUGGUUCCAUCCAAAUAUCAGCGGGAUUGAAGCAGAGAAGCUGCUGCUAACCAGGGGUAUCCAUGGGAGCUUUUUGGCCCGGCCGAGUAAAAGCAACCCCGGAGAUUUCACCUUAUCGGUCAGGAGGAACGAUGAAGUGACCCACAUCAAAAUCCAAAACACAGGCGAUUAUUAUGACCUCUACGGAGGUGAGAAAUUUGCUACCUUGGCUGAGCUGGUCCAGUACUACACCGAGCAGGAGGGGCUUCUGCGCGAGAGGAACAGCAAUACCAUCGAGCUACGAUUCCCGCUCAAUUGUCAGGAUCCCACCUCAGAAAGAUGGUAUCAUGGUCACCUCACCGGUAAAGAAGCCGAGAAACUCCUCACCGACAAAGCCAAACCCGGCAGUUUUUUGGUCCGCAGCAGUCAAAGCAAGCCGGGUGAUUUCGUCUUGUCCGUUUUGACAAACGAGGAUAAAGCCGACACGGGAGACCGGAAACCCCGCGUGACUCACAUCAUGAUCCGCUAUCAGCUGGACGGGAAGUAUGACGUGGGUGGCGGGGAGCGGUUCGACACCCUAGCGGACCUGGUGGAGCAUUACAAGAAGAACCCCAUGGUGGAGAAGUCAGGGGUCGUGGUACACCUGAAACAGCCUUUCAACGCCACCCGGAUCAUUGCCGCCAACAUCGAGAACCGAGUCAAGGAGCUGAACAAGAUGGCCGACCAGAGCGAAAAGGCGAAGCAAGGAUUCUGGGAGGAAUUUGAGAUGUUACAGCAACAGGAGUGCAAAUUUCUCUACCCCAGGAAGGAAGGGCAGCAGGCUGAGAACAAGGCGAAAAAUCGCUACAAAAAUAUCCUUCCAUGUAAGAACUCCGAGAGUGGAACUAUCCUAAAAGUAGGAAAUAUUUUGUCUUUGUCAGAGUAAUGAUUUAAGGGCGG